AUGGCCGACGAAGAUGCGUAUAACGACUACUUUCUCGAUUACAGAGCAAUGAUGGAGGAAGUGGUACUAAUCGAACAGCCUCAACCUGGCCAUGUCAUCAAAACGCGACCGUAUCGGCUGUCGUGUAAAGCGUUGAAUGCGCGUAAAAUUCGAUUCAAGUGCAACAGCAACUGGCUCGAUGAAACUAGAUACGAAAGUACGCUUGGCACGGAUCCUAGCACACAACUUCCGUAUAUGCUUGGAAGCGUAGAGAUCACGAAGCAAGAGGUGGAAGUUGGAGCACAUUCUGAAGUUUUCACAUGUCAAUGUUACGCCUCCGGAGCAAGCGAUUUGCAUGUAAUACGAUCGGACCCGGCCCGCAUACGAAUCGCAUACAUGCGUAAGCAUUUCGUGCAAUCACCUACUUCCGAUCGUGUUCCUGAGGGAUCAACGGUGCAGUUGCACUGUGUAGCACCAGAAAGUGAUCCAAAAGCACAGUUGACUUGGAUCAAAGACGGCGUAGAAUUGGAGAAAAAUGUGGAUUCAAAUAUCAUUUAUGCCAAUGAUGGAAGUCUGAUCAUCUCUGCAGCUCGAUUGAGAGAUUCUGGUAACUACACUUGUGAAGCUGCGAAUAUUGCAAACCGGCGAACGACAGAACCCGCUGCACUUGGUGUUUACGUGAACGGUGGGUGGUCGAGUUGGUCAUCAUGGUCUGGAGCUUGUGAUGCCGACUGCGUAGCUCUAAGCAAUGCGUUUGAAAAAGGGACCGGUACAGAGAUGAUUCCAAAAUUACGAAGAGUUCGUACGUGCAACAACCCAGCACCGUUGAACGGUGGCGUCUACUGUCUUGGAGAAGAAGAAGAGUUUCGAUCGUGCAAUUUGACAUGUCGUUUGGACGGACGAUGGUCAAACUGGUCGGAAUGGUCUUCGUGUUCCCCUACAUGUCAUCGUUUUCGGAAAAGAACAUGCACUUCACCGUCUCCGACUAAUGCUGGUCGUCCUUGUGCUGGAAGAGAUUUGGAAACUGUUACAUGCAGCGAAGAUUAUUGUAUUCCAUCCACAAUACCACAAUUUGGCAUAACCAAUGAUGCUACCAUUUAUGGUGGAUUAGCUUGCGUAUUUGUGCUGCUGGCGGUCAUCAUGGUCUUAUGCACAGCUUUGCUUUGCAAACGAAAUAAGAGCAAAAGGUGCAACAUGAAGAACAUCUACUAUGCUGAGCCUGGAGCUCAUGUGCGUCGAGUAUUGCUUGAACAACAGCAAAAGGCUUUUCUAUGCAAUAGCGCUGAGCCACCGCCAACUCAUUCGCAGUUCUUUACUCUGACCAGCACCUGUUCACCAUCACCAGUGCACCCGUCGUUGACAUUACGCUCUGCGAAAAGCGUGUACAGUGGUUAUUCAACAAAUAGAAAUGCAGGCUCACGUGCGGCACUUAUCACCGAUUGCUCAUCAAAUUCGUCAUCCGGCUGUGGAAAACGAACAUUGAUACAUACUAUCUCAAAUUACUCAGAAGAAGAGAACUACGCUACACUUUACGAUUACUUUGACGAGGAAACUGUUGGUUGCUUGGAAACUUCACAAGCCAUUCUGGCAGCGCAGGUAGAUCAAUGCGGAGCAAGACUUCAGCUUCGUAAGUGUGGAGUGGCAUUGCUGAUUCCGGAAAAUGCAGUUGACACAGAUAGAAUGAUCUAUGUGGCGGUCUCCGACGAACUCGGUAAUCGGCCGCAAUUGCAAACGGGCGAGUCUGUCUUAUCCUCAGUAAUAGUGCUGGGAGAGUGCGAAGGGGAAUCAGCAAGUGCACCUCGUCUCUUGCUGAAACCAGUUAUAUUGUCCUUUCGUCACUGUGCCUCGGUCUUUCCUCGGGACAACUGGUCGUUUAUACUCUAUGCAGAUGAAGGUUUUGGUUGGCAAAGAGUUUUGACGGUUGGUGAAGAAGAUCUAAACUCGUCCAUGUAUGUGCACAUGGAAAAUCCAGGACGAUGUGGUGCAGGAAUGGGUUGGUGCCAUGUGAUGAUGGAGAAUUUUGCCAGAGUAAUGCUAGCUGGAAGACCUCGACGUCAGUCUGUUACUGCUUGCAAAAGAGUUCACUUAGCCGCGUAUGGACCUUUGGAACCACCGCAAUCUUCAAAUUUUGAGCUACGAAUCUAUUGUGUGCCAGAAACAGGGGCGGCCAUGGAGAGCGUUGCUAAGCAAGAGCAACAUGGACGGUUGCUUGCUGAAUCCGAGCAUUUUAUGCUGAACGAAAAAGGCGAUCUCUGCUUCUGCGUUGAGGAUGUCAGCGAAGGGUUCUCGAUUAGAGGAUCAGCAAUUGUGGAAAUUUCGGAAACUCACCAUCAGUGGUGUAGCCAAAAUGGAUUGCAUUGCUCAAUAACAGUAUGUGCCGAUGGUGGUAGGCCUUUGCAGGAAUUUCUCUCCAGGAUCGUCGUAUAUCAAAAGACAAACAAUGCUGAGAGACAUGUACUGCAUCUACACCUUAGGAAUAACACUUAUGAUAAGCCAGCACAUGAAGAAGAUCGCACAGUUACUGCUGAUUUCCAUCUUCCAGUAGAAAUCAAAGAUGGGCUGUCACAAUUGCUAGAUCCACCUACUAAUGCAGAAACAGACUGGCGAGGUUUGGCCAAAAAACUUCAUACGGACAGGUAUAUUCAGUACUUUGCAACCCGUCCAGGAUGUUCACCUACUGCCUUAUUGCUGGACUUGUGGGAAGCAAAGGAAUGCGGAUCACUGCGAGCUACACACGACUUGUUGCAAACAUUGCGAGUGAUGGGUCGCUCAGAUGCAGUACUCUUAGUGGAAGAAUAUUUGUCACAUUUCUCUUACAACAGCUAACUAAUUUAGUACAUUUUUGUCUCCCUUUGCAAUGACUUGGCUUAAGCGCUCCUUAAAUACUUCAUGGCGACAGCAAAUUGAGUUCACUCAUGGUACAAUAACAUGUACAACUGCACACACGUCAUAACCAGGCACAACCUGACGUCACCGCUUCUAUUUUGGAAAAACUCUCAUCAUACGUUUCUAUCAAUGCAUAGUCUGAAGGAAAUGCGUCGUGUGAGUGUAGUUGUUCCCAUUUCAGUAGGCACUUGAUGGAAAAACUCAAUUUGACCUGGAGCUCUACUGUUGCAGUAGAGCGCGGUUCCCUCGG